UCCCACUUCCGCUGUACAGGUGAGUCGUGCGUGACGUCAUCGACUAUGAAGGGAGGAACCUGCGUUUGAUAUCCAAGUUUUUCCUUCUAAACUGAGUUCAAAUACGCGGAUACAGAUAUGUGUGAUUUCGACAAGCAGAAGGGCCCUGGGCGGCUGAUGACGAAAGGACUGACCCUCAUCGUCAUUGGUCAUGUUAAUUUCAUCCUGAGUGCCAUUGUCCAUGGCAGUGUGUUACGCCACGUAUCCAAACCCAGCAAUGAGAUCUCAACAGAAUAUACCGUAUCAAACAUCAUCUCUGUCACCUCAGGACUGCUGAGCAUUGCAAGUGGAAUUGUUGCAAUAUUGGUGUCAAGGAAUAUAACCAACUUGAAAUUGCACAUCGGUCUGUUAGUGAGUUCCUUUCUGAAUGCCUUUUUCUCGCUGGCGUGUUUAGUGGGGCUGAUUUUGGCGAUCAGUAUGACCAUUUCAGCCGACGGGAGCACGCUCAUGAAAGGAUGUAAUUCCACUAACAUGCCUGUGAAUGCACGUUCUCUGGUCAUCGUCAACUGUCCUUUUGAUGCAACUCGCAUCUAUGACACAACUCUUGCUCUGUGGUUCACCUGUGCUACAUUCACCACACUUGAGGCUGGACUGUCUGUGUGGUGCUUUAUUGUGGGUCUCCAGUUAAGAGGCAUCGGACCCUGUGCUCAAACCUACAUCAGAGAGCAGCUGGAAGAGGAGGCACUGGCAUCAGGAUCAAAGAUGGACCAAGACCACACGACUCAAGCCGAGCGUCUCAUUGCACAUUACUCUGCCAGCGCUUAGAGAGACAAUCCCAAUGUUAAAGUGGAAGUUUUUUAAUUAGAUGCUGUGUAGUGAAACAGAUCAUGAUAAUAGUUUGCAUUCAUACGGAGUUACAUUCUGAAUUUUAUUAAUUGAUAAUUGUAGAUGAUUUGAAGCACUGAGGUUGAUACAGGCUUUGUCAGUUGGACUUUUGGACUGAAUGUUUUCAGUCUACACAUAUAGACUGUAAUUUAGCCAAAACCAUCAUAGAUUAUAUCCAUUACGGUGUUUUCUGAAACUGUGUCUGGACUUACGUGUUUUGCGGUUCUUGUUUACAUUGAAACACCCAACUUGUGCGUAAUUUCAAAAUUGAGCUGAUGAUUUUUUUAAGUGACUUUGUAUUCUUUUUUAAUAUGAGAUGCUAUUGUGCUUGUGAUGUCAAAUAUACCAAAACAUAUUUUAGUUUAAAGCAGCUGUUUUAAUAGCUGUUUUAAUGUGCCACAGACUUAGCUCUCUAGCCGGUAGGCUUACAAAUAUUUCAGAGUGUGCCAGAGUGCUGUGAGGCAUGUUAAUAUGAGUUGGAUUUAAUGAUGCAGAGAAAGUCUCACAUUCACAGAUAAUCCAGUAUGAUUAAAGGCAGGGUAUGUGAUUUUUCAAAAACACUUUAGAAAACUGAUUCGGGCCGAA